ACGCCCAAAAGAAAACAAAAAAAGUAGAAUAAACGAAAGAAAUCACAAAAGAAGAUAUAGAAAAGAGAUAAAGAUAAAUUGCAAAACAAAAAGAGACCUAGAACAAUCAUAGAAUAAAAUUCAAACAGAAAAAAGAAGAGGGACAGGCAUAAAGCAAAAACCAAAAAACAGAAAAGAAAAAAAAAAACAGAAACACUGACACCCACCUGAACCACCCCAACAAAGGAAGCAGUAUCAACCAACCACCCACUUACACCCACCCACACACACACACACAGACACACUAUGGCCGUGCCCUUUUAUCUGCCUGAGGGUGGCACCGAUGACAUUGCCUCGAGUUCAUCGGGCGCCUCCGGUUCAUCGAAUGCCUCAACAUCGUCGGGUGCAUCCACAACAUCGUCAUCGGGCUCAUCGGAUGGUGGUUCAAGCAGUGUGCAAUCCCAAUCGCCAAAUACCACAACAUCGGCCACACAGACGCCCAUGCAGUCGCCAUUGUCCGUGCCCACGGAUCAGGUGCUUGUGGCCCUAUGCGAAUGGUAUCGCCUCUACAAUGCCCAUACAAAUGCACCAACACAAAUCUUUCAAUAUCCGCCACCGCCAAGCCCUUCAUGCAGUUGCACAGGAGGCGAUGUAUUCUUUCCCCAUCAUGGUGGUCCACCCCAACCACCACGAACGCCACGCACUAGCGUCAGUUUUGCCUCUGGCGAGGAGCUGAGUUUCUUCCGUCAACCGUAUCCGGCAGCGCCAUCGACACCACAGCCAAUGCCACAACAACCACCGGCGCCACAGUCAGCGCCACCGUUGCACUAUAGCCACAGUUAUCCGCAACAAUCGCCGCAUUUGCUGCAACAUCAUCCGGCCUCAUAUGGCGGUGGUAUGCAGCCGUUACAAUUGCCACAGGGUGCCUACUAUGCCACCUAUACGCCGCCACCCACACCGAAUACAGCCAAUAUGGGCAACAAUUGCAACAACAACACAUCAUCGUUGGCAUCAUCAUCGGCUAUGACAGCGGCCUUUGGCUGGCAUGGUCAUGGUCCAUCAUUGGCUGCAUCAACACCAUUGGCGCCAAAUGGCUCAAAGAUGCGUCUACAACGCAGUCAAUCGGAUGCGGCUAGACGCAAACGUUUGACCUCAACUGGCGAGGAUGAACGCGAAUAUCAGAGCGAUCAUGAGACCAGCUGGGAUGAAUUUGAUGAUCGUUAUGAUAAUUUUACGGCCGGACGUGAACGUUUGCAGGAGUUCAAUGGCCGUAUACCGCCACGAAAAAAGAAAAAUAGUCACAGUCACACAAAUCAUAGGCCAAGCAGUCCAAAUAACUCAAAUACGCAUAGCCACAGCAACAGCAACAACAACAGCAACUGCAACACCCAUGCUCAUAACCAAUUCAAUUCAUCUAGUGCGGAGAGCAACAGCAGCAGCAGCAGCAGCAGCAUCACCAAUAACAUUACCAACAAGAACAACUGCAACAUUGCCUCCAGUCAGCAUCAGCAGCAACAACAUAGACAGCAAAGCCAUAGCCAAGUGCAGGCCAAACAGAAGAAACCACCACAGAGUUUCACUUGGCCAACAGUUGUGACCGUUUUCGUACUUGCCAUGGGCUGCGGUUUCUUUGCCGCACGAUGAAACCAACGAUGAUAAAAUUUCAACAAUUUAUCAAUAAUUAAUAAUAACAAUAACAAUUAGUGAAAAUCAUGCUAAUAAAUAGUUUUAAAUUAUAUGAUAAGUGCAACGAAUUUAUUGCAAAACUGCAACAAAAACAAGAUAAAAACCAGAAAAAAAAUGCAGCAAGUCAUUAAAUCGUAAAACCGACAAAACUUAAAGAAUAUAAAACAACACAAAAAAAGGUUGA